GUAAUUGAAAUAUGUAAUUGUAAUUGACUGUAAUUAAUUACAAUUUAUCAUGUAAUUGAAUGUAAUGUGUAAUUGAGCAUUUUUUCAAUUACAUGUAAUUGAAUGUAAUUAAUUACAUAGCCAAAAUUGCCUGUAAUUGACAAUUACUUUUCAAUUACAAGUCAAUUACAUUUGAAAUUUUGGAUCAAAAGAUUAAAUCUUGUGUUUUCUCAAAAAAUUAUUAAAAGCAAUAAUCUUCACAAAUGUUGUAAGCUGACAAAGAAAAGCCUUCACAGUAUACUUUCUGUAUUAACACAACCAUGGUAGAUUCUUCAUUUUGUAUUGAAUGAUAAAAAAAAUGUAGACACAUGCCAUAAUUUUAAAAGAAACCACUAGGAAGUCACUGUCUUGACCUUAAUUAGUAGAUUUAGAUAGAUAUUUUAAGACAUUGAUUUAACAUAAUUAACUUUAUUCAAGGACUUAAAUAACCAAUAAAUAUAACCUCUGGCUAUUUGUUUUAUUACAAACUAUAUAAUGACUGUUUUUAUAACAGUUAUGUUAAACAGAUAUAAGGCUAAUUAGAGAGAGAUAAAUAUACCCCUAGGGCCUAUAGGUACAUGUUUCAAUUCUUGAAGGGAUAAUGCAUAUGACAAAAUCUCACUUGCAAAAUUUGUUCACUAUAUAUAUGAAUGUUGAAAGAAAACAUUUUAUCAGAUUUAAAAAUGAGCUCCAAGAGUGUACUGGAACAUUUAACUGUUCCUGAUGACUUCCAAAAUGGAAAUACUUUCAAAGGAAAAUGUAUGCAUUGUGGCACCCUCAUUAGUGGAAGUUAUAAAGUUACAUCCAACUUUGUUACACAUAUGAAGAGAAAACACAGAGAUUUGUACAUUCUGCAUUCUGAGAAUAAAGAAAUUCAACCAACAUUGACACAAUGCAUAAAAAAAAGUGUAAAAUAUUCACCGUCUGAUCCAAAACAGUUAGAAAUGACAAAUGCUCUUAUAAUGUUCAUAGCUGGGGAUCUUUUACCACUCUCUAUUGUCGAAAGUGAAGAAUUUAAAAACUUGAUGGAAAAAGCUGACACUAAGUAUCAAGUGCCUAGCAGAAAGCAUUUAUCUUCGAAACUUCUACAUGAAAAUGCUUAAAUAAGUUAUAUGACACAAUACAAAAAUGUAUAUACUAGUUGAACACUGUCUAAUUGUUAUAACUAUAGAGCAAUGUAUAAUACUUAUGUACAUAUCAUAGAAUAAAUGCAUGUUUUCAAUGUUUUAUCUUAAUUUUCCUUUCAAAUGUAAUUGAAGUAAUUAAUUACAUUUGCCAAGUAAUUGGAAUGUAAUUAAUUACAUUGGUAAAAAAAGUCAAAUGUAAUGUGUAAUUUAAUUGAAGAUUUUGUAAUUGUAAUUGAAUGUAAUUAAUUACUUUCAAAUGUAAUUGACCCCAUG